AUGAAGAAAAUACGUUGGUGGACCUGGACGUUGACAGAUUGGAUGCUUCAUGCGAUGUCGGGUGUGAUAAGGCGUGCGAACAAACGUGGCCUCAAAGCGUUUUGUGCAGCCAAAAAUCGGCUCAGACUGCUGAGGUUUGCUGAGGCCUUUGAGGCACCAGAGUGCGGCGGAGAGCUUUCCGAGAAGCAGCGGAAGCAGCUGAGGGGUUUGGGCCUUUUUGGAGAGGGAGAGCCAUGCGAUUGGCCGGGCAUUGCAUGCAGGGAUUGCAAGGUGAUCUCUAUCCACAGCAGCGAGGCCACGGGACACUUAAAGCACCUUGAGGACUUGAGAGAUGUGGAAUUCCUCGACCUUUCAGGCAGCCAGGUGCAAGGCACUGUUGCAGACCUAUUGCAGCUGACAGACCUCAACAGCCUCUACCUAUACCAGACCCAGUUGUCAGGUAAUGUGGCAGAGCUAUCAAAGCUAAUAAGCCUUGAGAGCCUUCACCUCUCUGACACCCGUGUCUCUGGCGAUGUGGCAGAGCUAUCAAAUCUGACCCGCCUCAAGGUCCUUCGCCUCUACCGGACCCAAGUCUCGGGCAAUGUUUCAGAGCUAUCCAAAUUGAAGAGCCUUCGGAUUUUGGACCUCUACCAGAAUGAGUUGUGGGGUAAUGUUGAAGAUCUAUCAAGGCUGAAAGGUCUACAAAACCUUGAUCUGUCCGAUACCCGCAUCUCUGGUGAUGUGGCAAAGCUGUCGCAGCUGACAGACCUCAACAGCCUCUACCUAUACCAGACCCAGUUGUCAGGUAAUGUGGCAGAGCUAUCGAAACUAAAAAACCUUGAGAGCCUUCACCUCUCUGACACCCGUGUCUCUGGCGAUGUGGCAGAGCUAUCAAAUCUGACCCGCCUCAAGGUCCUUCGCCUCUACCGGACCCAAGUCUCGGGCAAUGUUUCAGAGCUAUCCAAAUUGAAGAGCCUUCGGAUUUUGGACCUCUACCAGAAUGAGUUGUGGGGCAAUGUUGAAGAUCUAUCAAGGCUGAAAGGUCUACAAAACCUUGAUCUGUCCGACACCCGCAUCUCUGGUGAUGUGGCAAAGCUGUCGCAGCUGACAGACCUCAACAGCCUCUACCUAUACCAGACCCAGUUGUCAGGUAAUGUGGCAGAGCUAUCGAAGCUAAAAAGCCUUGAGAGCCUUCACCUCUCUGACACCCGUGUCUCUGGUGAUGUGGCAGAGCUAUCAAAUCUGACCCGCCUCAAGGUCCUUCGCCUCUACCGGACCCAAGUCUCGGGCAAUGUUUCAGAGCUAUCCAAAUUGAAGAGCCUUCGGAUUCUUUACCUGUACCAGAACGAAUUGUCAGGCAAUGUUGAAGAUUUGUCAAAGCUGAAAGGCCUUCAGUACCUCGACUUGUCGGAGACACAGGUUUCUGGCAAUGUGGCGGAGUUGAAGACAUCAACCAGGCUCCACAAGCUAUCCCUUGCCCACACCCAGGUGCACGGAGACGUUGGAUUCAUCGCCCAGAUACCGGACUUGGUGGAGGCCCGCUUCUCCAAUGCGGUGUCAGGGAAGUUGGAGGAUUUGGAGGGCUGCUGUCGACACCUCCGAGAAUUGCAUCUGGGAGUUCCAGCCUUAAUUCUGUGCAGCAAGAGUGCAAGAGUUUCUUGUACACCUGCAGCCAACAGCUUGAAUCGCUUGAAUCACUUUUGCUCUGAGGAGACGCAAGUUCGGACUUCGGAGGAGUGUCAGGACUUGGGGCACAGAUCUUCCCUUCUGUUGGAGGGCAAGGAGGUUGUCGCGUCGGAGGCCCUGGGGUGCCCUGAAGAAGCGCAGCAGAAGCUGCGAGGGCAGCUGCAGGGCUUGGGCAUUGGAGAAGGGCAGCAGCAAGAUCCGUGUCGUUGGAUGGGCAUUGACUGCAAUCGUUGCGAGGUGCGGAGCAUUGAGAGCGACCAGGCCACAGGGCAUUUGAGUUCCGUCAAAGAGAUGACGAAACUGGACCGCCUGAUUUUGCGAGGCCAGGUCAGAGGCAACAUCGCUGAGCUUUCGAAGCUGAAACUCUGGAUCCUUGACCUUGCACACACACGUGUUGUGGGCGACCUCACGGAGCUAUCGAAGCUGAAGGGGCUCGAAGUCCUUGACCUUUCGCAGAGCCAGGUGGUGGGCAAUGUGUCGGCGCUAUGCAACCUGACCAAGCUCACGAGGCUUCACCUUUCCCAGACACAGAUCGUUGGCGAGCUCGGGGAAGUAUCGAAACUGAAAGAACUCGGGAACCUCGACCUUUCGCAGACACGGGUGGCUGGUGAUGUCGGGGAGCUCUCGAAACUGCGCAAGCUCACAGACCUUCAACUUUCCCAGACGAAAGUCCAUGGCGAUAUCACUGUCAUCACCAGCAUGCCCUAUGUGAUCAAGGUGGACUUGUCCGGCACCGCGGUAUCUGGGGACCUGACUAACGUGAAGCGGGGCUGUCUUAAUCUCCGCGAACUGCGUCUUGGAGAUACGCAAGUCUGGAUAUCACCUGGUGCUCAUGCUUCUCAUCUUUCCAAACAGACCAUCUGGCUCCCAGCUUUGCAAUCUCUCAAUGUGAGUGGUUGCAACCUGAACGUCAGCUUCAUGGAUAUGUUUGGGGCUUUGGUGCAGAAUCCAAUCAGCAGCAUCCUUGCUGCAGGAUGCAGUCUGACAGGCAACGUGCACUUCGAAGCUCCCGGUUCCAAGCCCUUACUUAGCUCGCUUGCAGCUGUUAGAUCUCUCAGGAAAUCGCUUGAAUGCGGUGUUUGCCUCUCUUGCGAACCUGCGGCUGGAUGUUAGCCGCAAUGAAAUCCCAUUGCGCGUCAGCCCGCGCGUGAUCAAAGCUCUGGCAAAGUCAGGAAAGGACCUCUGGAUGAUGGACACGGAACUGGCGAACAGAGAGCCUCACCGAGCUGCAAAUGGAAGAGAUGUGGACCGCAAGAGAGACCGGUGGAUACUCGUGCCACGACCUGGCGAGACGCAACUUGCAAGUCACAGCAGAGCGGUUCUUGCCGGAUGUCAUGUGCGCCUGUAGCCCAGGCCACUUUGGUUCGGGAACCAACUGCUCGAGGUGUCUGCAAAACACUUUCAACGACCAGAUGGAUCAAAGCAAGUGUCAAGCCUGCCCUGAGGGCGGCAAGGCUCCAGCUGGAUCUCAGGCCCUUUCGGCCUGCGAGUGCCCCUAUGGCGUACCUGGAAAUGUCCAGAACGAGACGAUAUGCCGUUGCAACCCCGGUGAAGCGCUCAGUUCUGACCACGAAUGUCUCUCCUGUGGCAAACUGCACCUGGUUUGCAAUGCACCUGGAAGCCUUGUAGCCACAGCGCCCUUGGAGCCGGGCUGCAUCCGCUUGAAGGAGCCUUCGGAAGAGAUCUUCGAAUGCCUUGACCGUCAACAUUGCAGGAACUCCAGCUGUACGCCAGGAC